UCCGAUCCCCCGUACGGGGUGAUCCGGAGAGAGAGGCAUCUUUACUAGUUUAUUUUCAGACGUUUCGAUAGGUUAUCUGUGCCCGGUGGUGGUGUUUCAUCUCCCCCUCCUCUUCCUCCUCCCGAUGAUUUUACGCGGGAUAAUCUUUUUUCUGUUCUUUUCGACUGCACACAAUUUAUCCUUCCCUUUCUCCGUUCUUUCUCUUCAACGCGGAGAAACGAAUGACGCGGGAAGUUCCCUUCAGUCGAGAGGAACGGACCCGCAAUUAUCUAUUAACCAUUGAAAAGUCUCCGGACGUUUUAUGAUGAUGACAGCUCCGGUUGUUGGGGCUGUUUGUUUGGAUUCCGUUUCGCAAAUUGUUUGUGGCCGAAAUUCUGAACACUCAGCUGGUCGACGAAUGUCGGAAGAGUGACGUUGAAAGACUCGAGAGACUAAAACUCGGCCAAGUAUACGCUGUCCUUCUCCGCGAUAUAGCUAAACAGUUCGUUACAAAUAAUGAAUUAUUAUUGAUGACUUGUGAUAUACUGACAGUGAGAUUUGUUUGCCGCAAUGUUUCACCGUCAAAUACUUAAACCUCACGGUUAAGUUUGCGUUAAGUUUUAAAGUGUUGAAUUAAAUACUAACCAGAGUAACCAUUCCAAUUACUGCCGCUUUAACCAAUUGGUACGUUUUUGUAGUUUUGUUAAUAUGUAAUGUACGUUCUUUUUCGUUAUUAUUCAAGUAACCAUUUUAGUACACGCAAAAUAAAAGUAACAAUAUCGAAAACUAAUUUAUAACUGACUUAAAUACAAUCAUUUAAAUAUAAUGAAAGAAAAUAAAAGCACGAGAUAUUAAACCUGUUAUCGGUCAAUGUUUCGAAAAUUGAACUUCUCUCCUUUCUUCUGAUAAUAUUGUCUCUCUAAUCCCGCAUUUAUUUAUUAUAGUUUUAAUUUAAAACAUUUUAAUACGCUCUCUUUUAUUCUAACAUUGCAAUCGAUAAAAGCAGUAUUGGAAGUAAUUGGGGCACAUUUACUUUAAUUAAGUAGUAAAACUUAAAUUUUAAUGUUCGAAACGUUUAGUAAAUAAUUAGAUACGUAAUGAGAGGAUGACUUUUUUUUGUAAUGACUUUUAUUUUGUGAAAUAUAUAAUUAUUGAUAAUCGCGCUAAAUGGAAGUAUUAAACCGAUGGUAGUUACAAUUUUUUUCACAAAUAUGUCUCUGCAAACUUAAGCGCGGUACGAAAGGAACGAUUUUGGAUAAUGCUAAUGAUUGAUCUUUUUCGGUUGGUCCUUUUUUACGAAUAAAUAAAUAUUCUGUAUAAAAGAAAGAAUAAACGUGCUGGAAUUAAGUUCUAAUUAAGCGCAUUAAAAACUCGAAGUGUAUACUAAGAAAAUAAUAUUGCAAUUUUCUUUAGAGUAUUAGAUUCUUUUAACAAUGUUAACAUAUUAACAAUUUCGUAAUAUAUUGCAAUUUAUUUAACGCUAACGUCGGGAGCUAUUUUGAUAACGGUCACGAGCUCUUUUUGAAAUUAGAUUUCAUAUAAAUGAAAUAUCCAACUUUUCCUAUCGUCCUAUUUACCUAGAAACUCGACAAGUUUGACCUUAUGAUGUGAGUAAGCGGUUCUCGGAUUACUCGUUUCCCUAGCUUUUAGCGUGGCGCAGUAUUAUUGGUCGUUCGUAGUCAAACUAGAUUGUUUGGGACGUGGAAGCCGGAGCGUGACCGACUGUGAGGACAUUCAGACGCCGACCUGGUUGGCCAUGACGUUGCAUGUGUUACUAUCACUACGGUGAAUCGGUACAUUGAUUAUUCGGUUGGCUCUCGGUCUAUAAGUCGUGACACGAUUCGACUAACAAGUGCAACGUUCGGUGUGCCGAUGGCAUCGUAUAUUUUGCAAGACUCUUAUUCUUUUUUGUGAAACGUACGUGAAUUCCUUAACAAUCGCGCUAUACUAUAAAUAGAAGCGAUAAGCCGAUGUUGGUGUUACUAGGACUGUUACUUUUGACAAUUGCGAAACUUCGAAGCUUCGAAUCUUCAAAGUUUGAAGUUGUUCUCAAAAGUUUGAAGCUUGGAAAUUCUUUUAAAGCUUUGAAUUCGAAAUUAAUUUCAAAGCUUUGAACUCUGUAAAUUCCUUCAAACACUUAAAGUUACCAAAAGUAACAGCUCUUACUAUUUUUACACAAAUAUCAUUUCCCGGCUAAUCUUUUAAGCGCAAGAAACAGUCAAUUUUAGGAAAUUAGCACUUUCUUGUUGCAAGAUCAGAUUUUCAAGAUGUGAUACAAUAAUUGACACAUUUGUGUCCGCUAUCGUUCCGAGUGAUCCUCGUGGCCUUCGAAAGUUCACCCGGGCUCGGGAAAGCGGGACGCGUGUCGUUGAGACUCGUUUCCGAGAGGAGCCUCCUCCCCGCGUCCUCCAACGUGUCCGAGUCCCGGAAUCGCGAACAGCUGUGUGCCCCGGCGCCUCGUGUGCGCGCAUGUUUCCCUCCACCUCCGUCGCGUGGCGUUAUCGGGCAAGAUCCCAGGGUCCACGGUGCGAUCGGUCCGCGGCCAAAGAGCAAAGGUGAUCGUGAGAAGCGGGAUAUGAUGAAUUGCGGUGCGUGUCGGCGGCGCGACGGGAGUGCAGUCGUUCGUCGACCGUCGUCCCGUAUCGCGCCGCCGAUCCUCGCCUCUACCUUACGCAACAUCGCACACUCCGUCGUCCGUUGUUUCUUUACACCUCGGUGCCGCGCAGGCCACGGCGGUGCACAUCACACCGAGCGAGCGUGAAAACGCAACGUGGCGGAGGCGUGCGGCGCAGACAGCAGCAGGCGGAAUCUCGCCGACAUCGACACGUAUACACGCACACGUACGCGCGGUGCACCCACACACCGUUUCCUGAACCAACACCCUUGAAUCGCGCGUAGUGAUAAUUUCCUCUCUCGCGAUCGCGCGGUGGGAAAAAAAAAGCGAGAACGGGACGGGCAGGAAGGAGAACGCGCGAGGAGGAACCGACCGUCGCUGUCGCGUGAAAUCCAUGAGUGUCGAUUAAUCCGCAUCGCGCGCAGAAAAGGGCGCACCCUCCGCCCGGGGGUGAAGUUGUCAAGUGUCGAAUCUUGGAAGUAGGAGGAUAAAGAAAAACCGCCACCAUGAUCGUGGACGAUAAACAGGAAAUGGAAGGCUUCUGGAUCUACGGCGCGAUCCACGCGAUCAAGGCUCUGUCGUACGUGUACGACUUGCUGACCUUUCCCGUGUAUCUCAUACUUCAGCGACCGUGGGAGAAGCGUAAGGCCUCCAGGAGGAUCAAGGCCCGUCCGAUCUCCAAAGAUGAAAAUCAAAUCACUUACAGAAGCGUCGACUCCCCGAAAUCGAUGCAUGUCAUGCUCGUGCGUGAAAAGGUCGAUACUCUGGAAAAGGUGCUUCUUUGGGUCGUUAAAAUGUACGGCGAUAAGAAAUGUCUCGGUACUAGGCAAAUCUUAGCGGAGGAGGAUGAGCCUCAACCCAACGGCAGAAUCUUCAAAAAGUAUAAAAUGGGCGAUUACAAGUGGAAAUCGUUUAACGAAGUCGACAAAAUGGCAGCUUCCUUUGGCCGAGGCUUAGCAGAACUUGGUAUGAAGCCACGUCAAAACAUCGUUAUCUUUGCUGAGACGAGAGCGGAAUGGAUGAUAGCGGCACACGCGUGUUUCAAGCAGAAUUUCACCGUGGUGACAAUCUACGCGACUUUGGGUGACGAGGCCAUCGCUCACGGUAUCAACGAAACCGAAGUAGACACUGUCAUUACCAGCCAUGAACUUUUGCCAAAGUUCAAACGGCUGCUGGACAUGGUACCGGAAGUCAAGAAAAUUAUCUAUAUGGAAGAUCAACUCAAACCGACUAGCACCAAAGGUUACAAGGAUGGAGUGCAACUAAUAGCCUUCGCUGAUGUUAUCAAAACGGGCAAUAAGUUGAAUAUGACUGCUAAUUCGCCGAAGACCGAUGACACCGCUAUAAUUAUGUACACGUCUGGCUCGACUGGAGUGCCGAAAGGCGUCCUUCUUUCUCACAAAAAUAUCCUAAGUACUUUGAAGGCAUUCUGCGAUGCUGUAGAGAUUAAAUCGGACGAUGUAUUUCUCGGUUUCUUGCCAUUGGCCCAUGUGUUCGAGCUACUGGCUGAAAGCGUGUGUCUUUUAAACGGAGUGCCCAUAGGUUAUAGCUCGCCACUUACGUUAAUUGAUUCGAGUAGCAAGAUUCAAAGGGGAUCAAAAGGUGAUGCUUCCGUCCUACAUCCAACUUGUUUAACCGCAGUACCGCUUAUUCUCGAUCGCAUAUCCAAAGGAAUAAACGAGAAGGUAAAGAAAUCUGGCCCGUUCAGACAAGCUAUCUUCAAUUUUGCAUACGAAUACAAACUGAAGUGGACGAAGCGAGGCUACGAAACACCUUUCUUAGAUAAAUACAUUUUUGGAGCCGCGAAACAAGUGCUCGGUGGUCGCGUUAGGCUUGUUCUGUCCGGAGGCGCUCCGCUCAGUCCAGAUACUCAUAAUCAAGUGAAACUUUGCUUAUGCGUCACUGUGACUCAAGGAUAUGGUCUCACAGAAACGUCUUCGUGCGCAACUGUUAUGGACGAGCAUGAUAGAACCACCGGAAGAGUCGGGGCACCAACUACGAUUUGUGAUAUCCGAUUGGAGAAUUGGGAAGAGGCUGGUUAUCGAGUCAAAGAUCAGCCAUGUCCCAGAGGAGAGGUCGUGAUCGGUGGCGAUAUAGUUUCCGAGGGUUACUAUAAACUACCGGAUAAAACGAAAGAAGACUUUUUCCAAGAGGAUGACAAACAAUGGUUUAGAACAGGUGAUAUCGGCGAAAUUCAUGCAGAUGGUUCCCUCAAGAUCAUUGAUCGAAAGAAAGACUUAGUUAAACUGCAACUUGGCGAGUACGUUUCCUUAGGUAAAGUUGAGGCCGAGUUAAAGACUUGCCCUGUCGUAGAAAACAUUUGCGUCUAUGGUGAUGCGAAUAAGGCGUACACAGUGGCAUUGGUCGUACCUAAUCCGCAUUAUUUGGAGGAGAUCGCCAAUAAUGUAGGCAUAACUGGGAAGAGUCUUGAGGAACUCUGUAGCAAUCCACAGAUCGAGAAAGCGGUACUUCAAGAGCUUGUUGAGCAAGCGAAGAAAUGUCAGCUCCAAAGGUUCGAAAUACCUGGUGCAGUGAAAUUGUGUGCAGAACAAUGGUCACCUGAUAUGGGUCUGGUUACUGCGGCAUUCAAACUCAAAAGAAAAGCAGUUCAGGAACGUUAUCAACAUGAAAUUAAUAGAAUGUACGCCUCGUGAUGUUCCGCCAUAGGAUGCACUAAGUGUUGCGUGUAAUGGGGAUCUAAAUCUAAGAAAUUAUAUUGUCCAACAGACGGUACCUCAAUAAUUCGUAAACACAUGUAAGCGUCGUCAUAAGCUCACAUUUCACGCAUGGUCACGGGAUACGUGCCGAGCUCGUGGCAAUCGCGUGUGCAAUCGUAAUGAUAAUUAAAAGAUCUCGCGAUUUUCUUCGAUGUGAGUAUCGUUGUCUUAGUAUCGUUAUUUGAAUUAAUGACAAUCUUUGACCCGCCGAUUUGAUCAAAUUGGCUCGUUAAAUCAGAUUGUGAUUAAUUCGCUUGAUUAAGUCGAAAAAAAUUAUUCGGAGAAAGCUGAGAUCUUUGAUUUAAAAAUGAAAGUAUUGCUUUUUGAUGGCAUUUUUUCAUUAGGUCUUCCGAGCGCGAUAAAAUUUACAUCCAUAUCGAUUGUUACACACAAAUUGCAUAUUCGAUUUCGUGAACCGGUCGACACGGAGCCGAUGGAAUUUUCCAUGUGUUUUAUGUAUCAACUUUACAUACGUAUUAUGGAAGAUAAAUGGACACCGUACAGUUAUAUCGUAGCGCAUGAUUGGAGAAAAAUGGUACAAGACGAUUUUCUGUUGGGAAAAUUGUCAUCGUCCUAGUCCAUGUUUUGUAUUUUUUUAAAUUAGAUCAAUCGAUUUGUUGCGCCUGUAUUUCAGUAGUGCACAUAUCUAAUUAUCAGUGUUAAUGGGCCAGUCACGACAUCUUUGCGAACGAGCUGAUUUCGCUAAAAUUCAUAACUCGUACUUAUUUCAAAUGUUAUUCAAAAUUAUCAUCGAAUUUGGUCUUUAGAAGAGACGGGAUGUUUGAAAUGGAUCUUCUCAGAGAGCUUUUCGUUUUCUUACGAAUAAUAUAUCAUUUGUAUAUAUGAGGAAAACGGAAAACGCGGCUGUUUGUGUUCAAUGUGCAUUAGAUCAAUUUCAAGGUAAUUUUAAUAAUAUAUUGUAUAAAUUCAAAUUUCUCUCUCAUUGAUACUAUCACUCAACAUUAUACCGUCUGUCUAGCAAUUCGUCGAUAUACUCUGCCUACUUUUUGAAAAGUUAAUUCAAACAUCACAAUAUUUCUCCCAGCAACAGAUAGAAAGAAAGAGAGAAAGAGAGAGAAUUUUUGUGUAUAUGCGUAUGUGCGAAUGUGUGCGCGCGAUGGAUGUUUGAUUUUUAUUGUUGUAUGCUUGUAUGCACAUAUAUAUGUCUAUAAGGGAAAGAUUAGGAAGUAAAAACGUAUGUGAGCUUAUAAAGAAAUCAUGUUUUACAAAUAUAAUUGUUCUUUACUUUUAAUUUUUCACGCGCGUGUCUCUGGCGGUUCGAGUAUUCAUGUACAUACUUAACGUAUUUAUGUAUGUAUAUAUUUAGGUUGCAUACGUUAAAAUAUUUGAAAAUAUUUUAAUAUAUAUAGUUAUAUCUUGCUGCCUAAUUUGCCUAAAUAAAAGGAACUUUGCUACAUUGAAAAGAUAAUUUUCAAAAUUUGCCGUAGUUAUUACUUUUUAUACUCGUAUCAUAUCUCAAAUAUUAGAAAUAUUACAUUGAUUGCAUUCUCUUUUUUAUUCGCAUGUUUCCCUAUAUUUUAUAUUUUAUGUGAAUACGAGCCGACACAGAGGAGACAGCGCAGUGCCCGGGAAAUUUUGUAUAUAUAAGAUUUGCUGCGUAAAGUCCGCGGCGUACAGCAAUUACGUUAAUACGUGCGUUUACACAUAUAGACACAAAAGCUUAACAUUUUUCUUCUGUUUAUGAUUUUACAAAAACGAAAAUAGUGGGAGCUAAUAUUAGUAGUGAUCGAGCGAGAACACGAAACUAUGAAUGCUAAUGCGAGCUAAUGACCAGAGGCAGCUCACCUUUUUUCUUCAUUUACCACGAGAGUUCCUGCGAUAGCUUCGUGUAUGAGAGUUGGUACUAAUCUCUAUUAGUUAUUAAGCGCUGUACAUUACUUAAGUAGGCAUGGUCAAUUGUUUGGUGUUAUGGCAUCAAAAGAUACAAUUAUUAUUAUGAUUAUCAGAAGUUAUGAUUAUUUGAAAAAACGAUUUGCAAAAUAAAUGUACAAAGAUGUAUAUUACUGAUUUA